GUCGUGAGCUGCCAAGAUUUCGCUUGGCUGCGGUCCUCCAGUCCAUCGAAGAGCAGAGUAUGUCGCUGUCUUCUCGCGUUGGAAGCAAUGGAAAACACAUCUAAAGUUAUCAUUACGGGCUGCACCGUAGCCGACAGCGAUGAGCUGACCAGAAACAACAUCCCCGCCUUCUGGGCAGAUCCCCACUGGCAGCUCGCCUGGCGCCAUCGCACCCUCGAGUACCACAUCACGCAAAUAGCCCAGCGAACGCCGCGAAACCUCAUCAGUGACCCCGAUACGAAGCGACACGAAAAGGCCGUGGAUCCCGCCACCGGGCGAAUAGUGGGAUAUGCCCGGUGGAUUCUGCCCGCAUCCCACGCCAAGAGCAUCUGCGGGGCCCCGGCUUGGCCCGAUGCCGUGGUUCCGUCCGUCAGUGAAGAGAAGGAAGCGGAGAUCCGGCGCGUUGCCGCGAUGGCUCAUUGGGAUCCUAACCAGGAGUCAGAUGAGCUGCUUAUUCCUAUCCAUGAGGCGGAGAAUGAAGUUCUCAGCAAGAAAGAAUACAUGCGACUGGACUACCUAGCGGUUCACCCAGAUAACCAGGGCAAGGGCAUAGGCACUGCCUUGGUGAAAAGUGGCAUAUUGAUAGCCAAAGAACUGGGCCUUGACAUCUUCAUACAUGCCAUGGAGGCCGGAGUGGAUCUUUACAAGCGCCUUGGCUUCGUAAUAGAGACAGAAUUUCUCCAAGAUGAUGCCAAAUACGCAGAGGAUCGAACAUCACCACCUACACACACCUUGAGUAUCCGGAACGAAAGGUUGGAAGGGCGCCCGUAUUCUGAAUAUGUGAUAAGUCUAUAUCACGUCAGUCCCUGACCGAGGGUUUCACCAGCCGAUGCGCUGGACAAUAGCCAAAGUGCAUACAGCAGGCGACAAUGCGAUCGUCGAUUUCUCGAUGUGGAACCCGGACACGAGAGUCGUCAUUUAGUUCAUCACUCCAAAAGUCUUGGCAGUAUCUUUAGGUAAAAGUUCG